AUGAAGAACUGUUGUCAGCGGCGGACAGCGCGUAAUAUUGGCAGCGUUGGACCUCAGGAAACUUGCCUUGUCAACCAACCAGCCAGUCGCCCAGUUGGCCAGCCAGUCGCCCAGUUGGCCAGUCAGUCGCCCAGUUGGCCAGCCAGUCGCCCAGUUGACCAGCCAGUCACCCAGUUGGCCAGCCAGUCGCCCAGUUGGCCAGUCAGUCGCCCAGUUGGCCAGCCAGUCGCCCAGUUGACCAGCCAGUCACCCAGUUGGCCAGCCAGUCACCCAGUUGGCCAGCCAGUCACCCAGUUGGUCAGUCAGUCGCCCAGUUGGCCAGUCAGUCGCCCAGUUGGCCAGCCAGUCGCCCAGUUGGCCAGCCAGUCACCCAGUUGGCCAGCCAGUCGCCCAGUUGGCCAGCCAGUCGCCCAGUUGGCCAGUCAGUCGCCCAGUUGGCCAGCCAGUCGCCCAGUUGGCCAGUCAGUCGCCCAGUUGGCCAGCCAGUCGCCCAGUUGGCCAGCCAGUCGCCCAGUUGGCCAGCCAGUCGCCCAGUUGGCCAGCCAGUCGCCCAGUUG